GUUCCACUUCUUGGAGAUCAGAUGCGCAAUGCUCAAAUGUCAGCUAAACAUGGAGGAACAGUUGUGCUCCACAAACUAGACCUCACUGAUGCAGCAAAAUUGAAGAGCACAUUCGAGGAAGUUCUUAGCAAUCCCAGCUAUGCCAGAAAUUCUGAACGUCUUUCGCAGAUGCUACGAAAUCAGCCCAUUUCACCGAAGGAACUGCUACUGAAGCACGUCAAUUUUGCGGCUAACUCUUCAACUGUUUCUUCUUGA